CGGCGCUAGCAGCGGAGGAUGGCGGGGGACAGCGAGCAGCGGCUGGAGGAGCACGGGCAGCCCGGCGGCGGCGGCGAGCCCUUCCUCAUCGGCGUCAGCGGCGGCACGGCCAGCGGCAAGUCCUCAGUCUGCUCCAAGAUUGUCCAGCUGCUGGGCCAGAACGAGGUGGACUAUCGCCAGAAGCAGGUGGUGAUCGUGAGCCAAGACAGCUUCUACCGGGUCCUCACCUCGGAGCAGAAAUCCAAAGCACUGAAAGGCCAAUUCAACUUUGACCACCCAGACGCCUUCGACAACGAGCUGAUCGUCAAAACGCUCAAAGAGAUCACGGAAGGGAAGACGGUCCAGAUUCCCGUCUAUGACUUUGUCUCCCACUCCAGGAAAGAGGAGACGGUGACUGUCUACCCUGCCGACGUGGUGCUCUUCGAAGGCAUCCUGGCCUUCUACAGCCAGGAGGUGCGGGACCUCUUCCGCAUGAAGCUCUUUGUGGACACGGAUGCAGACACUCGGCUGUCCCGCAGAGUGCUACGAGACAUCAGCGAGCGAGGCAGGGACCUCGAGCAGAUCUUGUCUCAGUACAUCACCUUCGUCAAGCCUGCCUUCGAGGAGUUCUGCUUGCCAACCAAGAAGUAUGCUGAUGUGAUCAUUCCCAGAGGAGCAGAUAAUGAAGUGGCCAUAAACCUGAUAGUGCAGCACAUCCAGGACAUUCUUAACGGAGGACUCAGCAAACGCCAGAGCAACGGCUACCUGAACGGCUACACUCCUCCCCGCCAGCGGCAGCCCUCAGAGUCCAGCAGCCGGCCUCACUGACCCCGGGCGGCCGGCGCGAGGCUGGGGGCAGAGGGCGCUCGGGCCCUGCCGCUGCCCCUCUGUACAUACUGUCCGUUCAUUUCCCCCUUAUCUAUUUAAGAAACCAGACGGAGACGAAUGCCUUUAAUUUUGUAUGUUGGAAAUGCCGAAUGAGAAGCAGCUGACCGCUUGGGAGCCUGGACCGCCCGCAGCUCCCGGCCUUGCUCAGUAACUCCUCCAGCACGGAACCAGCUAUAAAUCUCUAUAAAUAUAGAAUUGCUCUAUUUUUGUGUAAACGCAGAAUAACGUAAAAUUACUUGCCACAAGGUAUUUGCCAGGCUCAGUGUUGCCAGGAGGGGGCCGGAAGAGGGUCCGGGGAGAUUUUGGGUUCGAGAUCCUCACCUUGUAGGCAUGAGGAAGAACAUCUGGCAGCUGCUUUAGCAGCAGAGCAGUCCCCAUCCUGGGGAGGCAUGGGCAGUGGUGGAGGUGACAGGUUGAGAGUGGCAGGUUGAGAGUGGCUUUGGGACUGGGCUGGGGUUGCUUCCUCCUGCUGUUGCUGUUCAGGUCCGAGCAGCCUGGUUUUGCCAGGAGGGCACUGAUGCCACUGGGAUUUUGGAAAAUGAUGUGCAAUGC